AUGGGACUCGUGUGGCGCCCAGUUUUGGGAUGCCCGAGCAUUACUGCAUAUUCCUUAUCGUCGCAUAGUGCCAAUGGCGCAAUUAUUAUCAUAAAAGUACAAGUGAUCAAGGCCGGUGAUUGCAAACGUCCAGCAGUGAAGCAAUUCCAUAACUCCAAGAUUCAUUUCCCACUUCCACAUCGCGUGACCAAACGACGAAAUGCAGCCGUUUUCACGACACGUCGUCCACGAACUCAUUUCGCUUGA